AGAAGGUUCACAGGAGUACCGGAGUUACUCUCCUCAUCUUUUUUCUUUCCUGACUUUAAGGCGAACCUCCCUGAGUCCGAUCCGGGUGACUUUUUUUUUUUUUUUUAAUCCAAAGCACCUCUGCGAGCGGCAGGUUUUAUUCCUCUGGGAGUCGUUUCUCUUCAGAUAAAAUCACCAAAACGGAGCCAAACGAAGAAGACGGACAGCGACCUUCCCUCACUUCUGCAAUCAUGAUGUCGAUGAACAGCAAGCAGCCUUUCAGUAUGCACCCCAUCCUGCAUGAGCCCAAGUACACGCCGCUGCACUCCAGCUCGGAGGCCAUCCGCAGAGCCUGUCUGCCCACGCCGUCGCUGCAGGGCAACAUCUUCGCCGGCUUCGAUGAGACGCUGCUGCAAAGGGCGGAGGCCCUCGCUGCCGUGGACAUCGUGGCGCAGAAGAGCCACCCCUUCAAGCCGGACGCCACCUACCACACCAUGACCACGAUGACCAGCAUGACGUGCACCCCGACCUCGUCCUCCGCGCACCUGCACCACCCCUCGGUGCUCACCUCACACCACCACCCGGGGCACCACCAGCCGGCGCAGGGCUUGGAAGGAGACCUGCUUGACCACCUCACCCCCGGCAUCUCUCUGGGAGGCAUGUCCGGCUCAGACGUCUGCUCCUCGGCCUCGCACACCGCCCACGCGGCCGCCCACAUGUCCGCCAUCAACCACAUGCAGCACCACCAUCACACUCAGUCCAUGAAUAUGCAUCCACAUGGGCUGGUCUCCCACGGCUCCCUGGGGAGCGUCGGCGGGGACGCGGAGCCCGACCCACGGGAGCUGGAGUCCUUCGCUGAGCGCUUCAAACAGAGGCGGAUCAAACUGGGAGUCACCCAGGCUGAUGUGGGAGCGGCGCUGGCCAACCUCAAGAUCCCUGGGGUCGGCUGCCUUAGCCAGAGCACCAUCUGCAGGUUCGAGUCCCUGACCCUGUCACACAACAACAUGGUGGCCCUGAAACCCAUCCUGGAGGCUUGGCUGGAGGAGGCGGAGCGGGCACAAAGGGAGAAGAUGUCCAAACCGGAGAUCUUCAACGGCGGCGAUAAGAAGAGGAAACGCACGUCCAUCGCCGCGCCGGAGAAGCGCUCCCUGGAGGCGUAUUUCGCCGUGCAGCCGCGGCCUUCGUCGGAGAAGAUCGCCGCGAUCGCAGAGAAACUGGACCUGAAAAAGAACGUGGUCCGCGUUUGGUUUUGCAAUCAGAGGCAAAAGCAGAAACGGAUGAAGUUUUCUGCGACGCAUUGAAGCAGACAGCAGCAGACUCGGGGAUCUCGGAGCCGUUUUCCACAAAGACAAACCAGAGGCAAGCUGCAGAGGCUGCUCUGUUGGACCCGCACUGUCAGAAUCAACAAGGUACCUGCGUACCUGCGCCUUUUUCCCGCAGGAAGAGGCUCUACGUGGCAAACAGCCAGAGACGCUAAGAUGCGCACGCAAAACAAGUCCCACAACCUCUUAUUGAGUCUUAAAUAACACAUUAUUACUUUUUAUUAUUACUUUUGAUUCUCAUGUUCAUAUACAUCAGACUUUGUUUAUAAUUGUAGUAAUAGGGAAAUUAAAUGAUCUUAUUUCACAAGAAAAAAAUAUCUUAUGGACUAAAUACUAUUAAGAUCAACUAUCAGGCUGGCUAAGAUGGCCACUUAAAACAAGUCAGAUAAUCUCUUUCUCAGUCUAGUAUUAAAAACAUUAAAAAACAUUAUUAAUUUUGAUUUCUAAAUAAAAAUGUAUCCAGUGUUAAUUUUAAAUUCGCUUCUUUUUUGAAGAAAUAUUCAAUUUUCAAACUUUUUUUAUGGUCGAUUGCACUAACUAAACAAACCGUUAAAUUGAACAAAUAAAACUAGUGUAGAUUUAAAUUUUGUGUGAUUUAAUUUUAUAAGAACUUAUGAGCAGAAAGUAUGCAAGUUUAAUUGCUAAAAGACAAUUAAAUAAAAGUUUUAUUUCAAGCCAAUUUUUAAAAUGUGUCAAACUAAAUUAGUUAAAAUCAGACUCAUUACUAAGCUCAUUUAGCUUACCUGGUUUUUCAUUCCAUGCUAAAAAGAAGAAGGUAAAAAUAAGAACUGGUCUGGGAUAAUGCAUAUAAUCCUACUGAAAUAAUUAUAAAUGCCUAAACUAUAAAAAAUAAAUUUUGAAGGAUAUUAAAUAUUACCCAUUAAAUUUAUCGUAAUUUAAGGAAAAAAAUGUAACAUGGGAAAUUGAAUGUUUAAUAAUGAUAAAAUUCUCACAUUUGCUACUUUUUUCUGUUAACAAAUCCUACCUAGACCUUUUGGUUUGGAUUUAACAGAUGAUGUUGUUUCAGUUAGCUGUUAUACACAUUUGUUGAAAACAGAAUCGCUGAUAUGUUUAUAUGGACCUUAGUAUGAAUGAAUACAAUGGCUCAGAACUGUCUUAAGAUUUUAAAUAGUGAAAAUUUCUGAGUUGGAGCAAGAACUUAGGUAUUUACUCUGCUUUAGCUGGUUUAGCGACAGUGCUAAGCUAAAGUCAAACUUGCUAGCUUGCUUAGUUUCUCAACCCUGAAGCCAUCAUCGCUGAUGAACAGCAUAUCUAAUCUUUUGCAAAAAGGUGUUUUGUAAACCUUUCCCUGACAACCCUAGCCAAGUUGUUGCUUUCAUUUAGCAACGGCUACCUCAGCACGAGGAAGCUGAGGAUGCUAGCAAAGUUUCAUUUUAGCAUGUAGCAUUAGCGUUGUUGCUAAACUAGGUAAACCCGAAUAAAGAUUUAAAUUCUUGUUCCAACACAGCAACAUUUUCAACCACCUUGUCUUAUGGUAGUUCUUAGCAUAGUAAACACUAUGGCUGAUGAGGGACUUUUCAUCGGUUUAGUUGUAUUUAAUUUGUGACAGUCCAGGAUGUGCCGCGGGUGCAUGCAUUAUAGGGAAAGUAAGAAAAAGUAUCCCUGAUCAGUUGCCUUGUACCUUUUAUGAUGUCAUGAUGUUGAAGCUUGUUUUUGGGGAGGCAGAUUUUGUCUUGAUUAAUAAGAAAUUUUAACAAUAUUGCAAAACAAAUUGAAAAAUGAAAACAACAUAUUGUUCACCAGGGGAAAAUUGUAUAUUUACGACGAGUUUAAAUAUUUUUUUGAAAACAGAAAAGUCUGGCUUGUAGCUUUAAAUUUUAGUCAAACUGUUUGGCAAGAUUUUCUUUUUACCUCAAAUAGCCAAUGUUGUUAGAAUUUAACCAUUAUUAAACAUUUUCAUUCAAACUAAUCUUAGAAUUUAACAAAUUUUUAAUUACCUUCCAUUAUUCGUUUAUACAGUGUAGGGUGAACAGCAGUGGUUUUGCAUGAGAACUUCCAAGUAUUAAAUGCAGGCCGCAGAAUUGUGCUGUUUAUAGCAGAAAUCGUGCAGUUUGUUAGCUCGGAUGUGGAUCCGGGACAUCUGAUGACUUUUCACCGCUCAGUAUGUGUAAACUGGAACUCUUGUGUUCUGCAUCACAUGGUGUACCUUGUUUGGUCCUGACAGUGGAGCCAGAGACAGAAAAAGACUCUGCAACUCUUAGAGCUGUUUGCCUCUCCACAUAAUAAACUGCUGCUCUCUGGUUGAAGAGAAAAAGGCGACCAUUGUGGCUGAAAAAGCAAUUAUUGUACAAAAAAUGAAAAUACUAACAAAGGGAAUCGAGGAAUAAUAAUUCAUAUUAUCCUCUUUGGCCCAGAUAGUUCUUUUUAUAUUUAUCAGUGUACAUAUUUGUUAAUAUAUGCACUUCCGUGUGUGAACACACUCAUUGAAAUGUAUUGAAUUUUCCUCCCAGAUCUUUUUGUUACGUAGCUCACCAUUUUGGGGGACGAAUCAGACCAAACGAGUAGAAAAAGAAAAAUAAGUAAGAUUCUGGGGCGCAUAUGUGCAAUCAGUGUCAUGGGUUAAGAGAAAGCGGUGAUGUUUCUCCACGUUUGCUCCAAAAUGACCAACACUGAUCCUUUCCCCCCCUCUUCCCGUCCUUAUGCCCAAAGUGAAUGCAUUGCAAUAAAUCGCAAACACACUCUUUUACGUAUUUAAACACGCACGGAUACACACAUUCACACGGCGUAGCUGUGCGUCUACCUCAUUACGCAAGUGAUGGCACAUUUUUGGUGAUUAAAAAAAAACACUCUGGUUGGUUUUUGAAUCUGUUUUCUGUUUGUUUCCUCUGCCGCUGGCUGAAUUAGGCCUGUAGAAGACUCACUGACGUGUAAAACCUGUUCAUCGCAACGAUGCUUCGACAAUCAGAUUAUUAUGAGUAGUGUUGUUGUUUCCCCCAGUCAUGAAAACGAAUAAUUUUGACUUCUGAUCACUGAUCCGUCUGUGGAGCGCACUUUGUAGAUAUUCUGAUAAAGGGAGGUAUAGUCGGCCUUAUUUAUACAUAUUUUUCAACACUUCUGAGAAAACUUUAUUAUUACUUUUAUUUUUUUAUGUUUAAUUGUUAUUUAUUUGAAUUUAAUUUAUUCUGAAAUGAAAACAUUUCAUUUGUGAAAGUGUGCUUUAAAUGUGUCUCUGUAAAGCUGCAGAAGCUGAAAUAAACUGUGCACGUUUUA